CACGUUUGGACAGUAAAAGGUAAAUUGAAAAGAAUAAAAAUGACGGAAAAAUUAAAUUAUGUUGUUACAUUAUGUAUUAACAUGAACAGUCAGUUGAUGUAUCAAAGUUCGUCAAGACAAUGAGGUCGCAAAUUUGUGAAUGAACCAGUUUCGGACAUCAUUAGUUGAUGAGUUGAAGAGCGAUGAAAAAAAGGUAAAUUAGCAAAUUAGUGUGAGAGUGAAAGUAAGAUACGAGGUCUGAGGAAAGCGCAAUUAAUUAGUGAAAUAAAACAUCUACCAUUGAGGAUGUAAGUCGCAUUGUUUCUCGAUUAAAGGUUCAAGUAGAGGAGUGUCCAUCAACUUGUUCCUUCAGUUGCUGGCCAUAUUUUGUUGACCAGAUCUUCGCUUCAUUUUAUUUUUCAUUAUUUUAUCAUUUUCAUCGCCGUUGUCAUAUGUGGCUGAAGCACAGGAUUGAUUAUUGUCCUUCUUGAUACUGUCAACAUUCACCUUUCAUUGUUGUUCUGAUUGCAAUUUAUAAUCAAAUAAGUUUAAUUUAUUGAAAUAUAUCUCCACCUUAAACUUGGAGUUUACUGUUUGUUAUUGUGUUUUUGUGAUUUCCAGCGUUUUCUAGGUGUUUAAUAGUCCAAAUCCUACAACUUAAUUGGUUCCGAAAUGCAUUCAUCGAUCAUUGGUUUUGCUUUACUUUUAGUCUUAACCUUUACCGAGGCUAAAGAUCUUAAGUCACUUGAAACAGCGUACUCGUCGCGCUACCCAUUACCGCCACCAGAAUAUGGACAAUCUCAUGGAUCUUACGGAAAACAUGAUUCAUCUUAUGGAGCUCAUGGACACGAUGAUUACGGUACUCAUGAUAAGUAUGGUGACCACAACUCAGGGUCUCAUGGGUUGAAAAAAUACUCUAACUAUGGUUUGAGUAAGGCUGAUGGAGCUCAAAGUGAUGCUUACAAGCGAAAUCAUGGUUUUGGCCUUUAUUCAAGAAAUCGCGGUUAUGGAUAUGAGAAACAUUAUGCUUAUGAUAAAGAGUAUUCAACCAAUAAACAUGGAUCAGAUCAUGCAACUCAAUCUGGUCACCACGGACAUCAUGAUGAACAUGGUCAACAUGAUCUUGCUUCCCACGGAGACUACAAGAAGGAUAAUUAUGGAGUUCAUGAUAAAUAUGGCAAACAUGGACAUGGUAAAUAUGGUCACAAUUCUGAGUCCUAUGGUAAUCAUGGACACAACUAUAAAAGCUUACCCAAACCACAAGUUGCCCCAUACCACCAUUACAGAGGAGGAUAUCAUGGGCAAUCAAAUUAUGAAGCACCAAUUUCAUAUGAAGCAUCUCAUGAGCAACCCUUACGAACCUAUUCGGAUGCCCCAAAAUCUGAGCCUCAAUCAUCUAAAUAUUAUUAGGAAUCGACUGAUUUGAACAAACAAAAUGAUGAGUUGGUCAAAGGUUCCUUCAAGUUUGGUUGAUCCAUAUUUUUGAUCAAAUCCUCAAUUGAUUCAUCAUCUCAACACAUUUAAAAUAUUUUUACAAGCCUGGCCAAUAGACCUUCAUAUAGCCAUAUUCAUUAAAAUAUCAAUAUAUCAGACCAACAAAAAAAGCUAACUCUAAAAUCAACUCUUUCAUUACUAGGACCAAGCCAUGUAAAGACCUUUUCAUUUGUCAUUUUUUGUAACAUCAAGAUUAUUAUCUCUUUAUAUGAUUUAAUUCAGGCUUCGUCAUCAUUCAUUAAAUUUCAUAUCAACUGAA